AACCUCCUUUUUUGUGACCAUUCAAGAGGAAUCCACUUCUAUAUAAAGCCAAAACAUCUACCACAGAUUCUUUCUUCUACCUUUUCCAUGUUCAUGUCGUCCUACUUUAUUCUCUAGUGCUGUCGUCUACUUAUGCCGCCCUCGACCCAAUUGUUCCAUAAAUCAGCUCUUCCUCAUUGGUUCUUUGAGACAUGGUAACUAUGAAGAUCCCAACACCAUGCUUGUUUGGAAGCUACCUUUUCUUUCUUCUGUUCUUUAGUCUCUGCUGCUAUUCGCAGAAAACGUGCCCGAGCUGCGGCUCCAUUGAUGUUCCUUAUCCUCUUAGUACCAAUUCAAACUGUGGUGACUUAGACUAUACUCUCCGCUGUGAUUCUCAUUCACAGAGACUCUACUUUGAUGCACUCAAUGGAAGUUCGUAUCCAGUCCUGAAAAUCAAUGGUUCGAGUCAACGUUUGGUGAUCCAACCAUCUCCGUGGGUUCCUGACUCCUGUGUUACUCAAGACAUGUUGGUCAGUGAAGGCCUGUGGUUAAACCAAUCACUCCCUUUUAACAUCACUUCAUCCAAUACAAUUUUCCUUUUGAACUGUUCUCCUCGACUGCUCGUCUCACCACUCAAUUGUACUCCAUCUAGUAUCUGUCAUCACUACUUGGAACGUUCAGGACGUGUUGAUGGAAAACGAGCAUUUCAGUGUGCUAGUGUUCUUGACCCUUGUUGUACCUUCAUCGCUGGUGGGAUGCCCUCAGCGUAUAAGAUAAGACUUCAUAACUCAGGCUGUAGAGCAUUCAGGAGCAUCCUUCAUCUAGAUGUAGAAAAGCCUGCAAAUCAAUGGGAGGAAGGUUUGGAAAUUCAAUGGGCUGCCCCACCUGAACCAAUCUGUAGAACUCAAUCCGAUUGCACUGGAGCGUCGGAUUGUCGUCCUACUGGCAGUUCCAACAGCCGAUCUCGUUGCCUUUGUAGAACGAGCUACCAUUGGGAUCAUAUCCUCGGAACAUGCCUGAGAACAAAUAGGAAGAGCAUGGUUGGACUGAGUAUAAAGCUCCUGGUAUGUCUUGUUUCAUUUUUCGUUCUAGCUGCGAUUAUCGCUCUAAUUACUAUCAGGAAGUCGAGAACAUUCAGUAAGCAGGAAAAGCUGUGUAAAGAAAGAGAAGAUAUGUUGAAUUUUAGAAAUGGGGGCAGACCAGCCAGAAUGUUUCAUCUGAAAGAGAUGAAGAAAGCAACGAAUAAGUUUUCGAAAGAUAGGGUCCUAGGAUGCGGUGGCUUCGGAGAGGUUUACAAAGGUGAACUUCAAGACCGGACCGUUGUCGCCGUGAAGUCAGCUAAAGUGGGCAAUCUAAAGAGUACCGAGCAGAUACUCAACGAAGUCGGAAUACUGUCUCAAGUAAACCACAAGAAUCUUGUGAAACUUAUAGGUUGCUGUGUAGAAACAGAGCAACCAUUAAUGAUAUAUGAAUACAUUUCCAAUGGCACCCUCCAUGACCAUUUACAUGGUAAGUUUCCCACUUUCUUGGACUGGAGAAAAAGGCUAAAAGUUGCUUCACAAACUGCUGAAGCAUUAGCUUACCUUCAUUCAGCUGCAUACCCUCCCAUCUAUCAUAGAGAUGUCAAGUCAACAAAUAUACUCUUGGAUGAUAACUUCAAUGCCAAAGUUGCAGAUUUUGGACUUUCAAGAUUGGCUUUGCCAGGAAUAAGCCAUGUUUCGACUUGUGCUCAGGGUACAUUAGGUUACCUAGACCCAGAAUACUAUCAGAAUUACCAGUUAACAGAUAAAAGUGAUGUGUAUAGUUUCGGAGUUGUCCUGCUCGAGCUUUUAACCUCUCAGAAGGCCAUAGAUUUCACGAGAGAUGAAGAUAGUGUCAAUCUAGCAGUGUAUGUGAUCCAACGAGUGCACAACGGUGCGUUCAUCGACACUGUCGAUAAACAGCUUCUGAGUGACGAUCCAACGAGCAAUACACUGAUUAGUGUGAAGCACUUGUUGGAGCUCGCACUCACGUGUUUGAGGGAGAAGAAAUCGGAAAGGCCUUCCAUGAAGGAUGUAGUCCAAGAACUUGAGUACAUAGCUCAGAUAUUGGAGAGUCCAGAAACAGUUGGUGAAGAAGAAGAAGAAGGGCAAUCUUACAAAGGGUUAGAAGUUUAAGAGUAGUAGAUUUGGUGUUAAACUUUGGUGUAAUGCUUGAAUAUUCAUAUUAGAAAAGAGGUGGGGAAUGAUUCGGUGAAACACCGGAGAGGGAGAUGGCAAUAAUGGAUUCUGGGAUGGUAGAAAAUGAAAGAAAAUACACAAUUGGGAUCAGAUGCCUACUUUUUGGACAAAGUAUUCAAAACGAAGAACAGAAUGAUUUUGAUGAGGAAUCUAUGAUAGUGAAGAUGGAUAGCUAAAAACAAACUCAACCAGUGGUCGAGUAUUCAU